CAAAUCUAUAUUUAUAUCCUCGUCUGAGAAAUGUUUGUAUUCCCAAGUGGCUUAGUUUAAGCAAGAGAAAUUAAAUGGGACCAAUACUAAGCACUCAGUCUGAGCUUAAUCCGGGAGAUCGGUCUGAGUUUGAUCCAGUACGUUAUAUCCUUGGUAAGUUUAUUCCGGUAGAUCGGUCUAAGCUUAAUCCAGGAGAUCAUAUCUGUAGUAAUAGGAUGAUUGUUGCCUUCGAUCAUCACGGAAUAUAUGUGGGCCAUGGCAUGGUGAUUCAUCUUAUGCCAGCUGAAAAGGAAGGCGGGUGUAAAUCAGUUUCUCUGUGUGAAUCAGUUUCUCCGUGUCCAAACUGUGGCUACAGGAGAGGCCGGGAUAGUGGAAUCAUCAAAACUUGUCUUGACUGUUUCCUUGAUGGCCAUUACCUUUUUAUCUUUGAAAAUCUAAAACCUUGCAGGCCACCAGAUGAAGUUAUCAGGAUUGCCACAGAGUUUCUCCUAGGAAAACGACAUUUUGGCACGUACGACCCUCUAUUUAACAAUUGCAUUGAUUUUGCAAAGUACUGUAAAACAAAAUAA